AUUGUAUAAAAGAGUGGCGCAAAACGGAUAGCCUUACUACACCUUUUCAGACAACCGACACAACUAAAACUUGUCCAGUUUGUCGAAAAAACUCACCUUAUAUUGUACCAUCCUCUAGCUUUGCGAAAGAAGGACCAAAAAAGGAUGAGAUCGUUAAAUCGUAUAAAGAUCGACUUUCUCAGAUUCCUUGUAAAUAUUUUCAGGAAACCAGAAAGUGUCCGUUUGCUAAUAAAUGUUUUUAUAAGCAUGCAAAUCCAGAUGGAACUAAAUGUGAUUUAGGCCCACCGAAGAGAAAAAAGCCAAGAACAUGUUUAGGAAAUUUCCGGUACUGGGAGUAUUCACCACAUUUUUACAAGAGAUUGGGAUAA